GCCUCAUUUCUGAAGUGAGCCUAGGAGGAAAAGAUGAACAAUUCCUUGGAUUAUCUAGCCUACCCUGUAAUCGUCUCUAAUCACAGGCAGAGCACAAACUUCAGGAAGAAACUGGACUUUGGCCACUACGUAUCUCACAAGAAUAGGGUACAAAUAGUGAAACCUGCUGUUGAUACCAAACCUCCAAUGGCGCACACACAUCACAUUUUAAAACUGAGCAAACUACAGGGCGAGCAAAAGAAAAUCAACAAAAUCGAGUAUGAAAACAAGCAACUGUGCCAGAAAAUCGCCAAUGCCCAUCGUGGCCCAGCCAAGGUGGAUUGCUGGAACGAAUACUUUUCCAAGAGCUUAAACAGGGAAACGAGGAACCGGGACCUAUUGAGAAUCACCGUGGAAAACCAGGGCAUUCUGAAGAGGCUUGAUGAUCGCAAACCCCACUAUGACCGCAAGUCGUCUGAGACAGACUGGCAGAAUUCAAGACGCUAUAUCAGAAACACAACAAAGUAUCUUCUCUCCCGAGAUGAAUAGGUAUGUCUUACUAUAGAACACGGUGAUCACCCUUGAUUCCAAAGCCCUGAGAACUGUAUGGAGAGUGAGGGGCCCAGUUAACAGGUGAAUUUGCUCUUCUGUAUCUAUUGGUCACCCAUCCAGGGAACUUAGAGCUCUGUCUUUGUUUUCUCUCCGUUUAAGUAGGAAAUGCCUGUCUUUUGUCAUCAGUUUUGAGGCUUAACAUGAGUCUAAGGGGAAGUGAUUUGUUCCAAGAAGAUAUAAACAGGAGGUCUCGUGGCUUUAAUGUUGUGCCAAAGUUACAUUACAGGUCUCUGUCACUAUUCAAAAGUACUGUUGUGUUGGUAUUUUGUAUUAUUGAACAUCAUUAAUAAUGACUAAGUUUGGUUUCUGACCCCCUCCCCCGGAGAGGGAUAAAUGGACACUCAGGCUUUCCAAAGAAUAGCUC